UUGCUAGCAGCUUUGUACCAAGACAAGCAUCAAAGCGAAGAAGGGUUUUAGGGGGUGAAAUUUUACCAAAAUUUUGUAUCUUAGAUCCACUUCUACCUGCGUGCUGCACGAAUCAAUCGCAAGGUUGCACAGCUUGUGCAAUAUCGGAGAGGAGCGUGUGCCUUGGGGUUGAGGAAUAGAAUUUUGUGAGGUGAUUGAGAAGAGUGAGAGAUAUGGCGCCGGCGUUGAUCAACGCUAACCCGAUUGUCCAUGAGAAGAAGAAGAGGACGUCUAAGCCACAGGCGAAUUAUAACGACGCUAUACCUGACGUGAUCGACGAGUUAGAAAUUUUUGAUCAUGUGAGAGACAUAACGGAUCCUGAGCAUCCCUACUCCCUCGAGCAGCUAAACGUGGUGACAGAGGAUUCUAUUUUUGUGGAUGAUGCGAAAAAUUAUGUCAAGAUUACUUUCACGCCCACGGUGCAACACUGCAGCAUGGCUACUAUUAUUGGUCUCUCCUUGCGGUUGAAGCUUUUGCGUUGCCUUCCGCCACGCUUCAAGGUGGAUAUUUUUCUCGCUCCGGGCUCUCAUUCUACUGAAGCCGCAAUUAACAAGCAGCUAAAUGACAAGGAGAGGGUGGCAGCUGCUUUUGAAAACCCAAAUCUCGUUGAUCUCGUGGAAAAAUGCUUGGUCUCAACCGAAGAGUAGUUCUGGACCAUCCCCGGCAAUUAAUGUCUUGAGAUGCAAAGUAGCAUUAGCGUUUUAUUCUGCUUUUAGUAAUCGUUUUCAGUGUGCAUCUGGGCUCGUGGUAUUCGGAUGCUCUAGAUUUUGCAUGUCAUUUGCACAUCAUGUAAAAUACUUGAUAGUGAUCUCGCCUUUCAGAGGUUGCUUGUGGAUAGUGUUAACUUCCCCCGGGGCAUUUUUGAUAGUGCAAGGAAAGACUUAAAGCGAUUGAUGGUUUCCGAAAGCCAGCAUGGUUGAGGGGACGGAGUAGCUUGCUAUCAGUUGUUCUCGACAGGAGCCUUUCCUUGUUUUGGGGAAUGUUUACAAUGUUCUAGAAAUUGAGGUAUCGCUCCAUUGGCAUGAAAAGGCCAUUGUUUUGUUCUUUAUAUCCUCGACACUCUUUGUGACAGAUAACUUGUAAAUUCCCUUUCGA